UUUUGUUAUGGAAAACCUGCCAACUCCCCCCCCCCCCCCCCCACCCCACACACACACACACAAAAGUUCCUUUUUAUGAAUCUUUUCCUCUGAUUAGUUGAAACUCCUUAGUUAUUAUAUUUUCUCAUAAACUCUGAAGCUAUUUUUUUCAAUGGAGUGUUCGAUGUUAAAAGAAAUAUUUAAGAUCCCUCAAAAUUUGAUUUUAUAUCAUCAAAAUGUGGGGUCUAGAAGUUUGGAACCUGUGGUAUUAUGAACCUUCCCUUUCUUUUUCUUCCUACUCCUAUAUUUUGGUGCAAGGUGUGUGUGUUUUUCAAGUCAGUCUUAUAUCUUUAUGAGUUUAAGUUCUGUUCAAGCUUAGUUUGUCUAUUUUAAGAGGCAAUUUCUUGCUAUUUUCUAAUUGGAUUGAUCUCAAGUAUGUUUGAUUAUGUUAUAUAGUUCUAAAGCUUAUUGAGUCAAGUUCAGUGAAACCCAGAAAUAUGUUUGAGCUUUACUUGUCUAUGCAACCAGUUGAGCUCAAGUGUACUUGUAACAAGCCAAACACUAAUCAACCUUGAGAAGCUAAAUUGUUUAUGACCCUAGACUCAGAUGCCACAUAAACAUUAUUAGCAUUUUUUGACAGGCCACGUGUUUGUUUGUCUUAAGGUUUUUCUUUAUUCAUGCAUAGAAUGAGUAACCAACCAUGAGUGGCUAAGGACCAAGGCAUGGUUCUAAAUCUGGUACAUGGAUGCUCAUAGAAUUUUAAAGCUCAUUACUUGUGUUGAAUAGCUUUUAGUGAGCGAAUGUGUGGGAGUAUAGGAUAUGGGUAACAGUGGUGACCUUAGGAGUUUCAGAGAUCUAGGGGGAGGAGUUGAGUGAACUAGAGGGGAGUUGGUAGUAUGCUUUGACCGAUUAUAUUGUAUCACUCUGUCUUUUCCUAGUAGAGGUCUAAUGGUGUGUUUGAUUGCAUUACCUAGAAAACAAAAACCACCAUACUCUCUUGGAAAAUGAAUUCCAUAGAAAGAAGAUUUAAAUGCUUGUACCAUACACAUAUUUUCCAUAGAAAAGUUAAGUGUAUUUGAUUGUUUCUAUAGAAAAUAUGUGUAAUAAUUACACAUUUUCUAUGAUAAAUUUGUGCAAUCAAACACACUCUAAGUGUUUGACAUCAAGAUUCAGGGAGAGAGGGAAACCCCAAGUUUUCACAUCACUAAGCCAAAGAUCAAAUGAAAGGUCUAAUGGGUGUUGAUGAUGUCGUCCUUUGAGUAGAAGAGAUGUCACUUCCAAAAUGUGUUGCCACCCAGUGUACAAGUGCUCUCUCUCUCUCUCUCUUACAGGGUCUUCUGAGGUGGAAUUCUUAGGGGAAUACUCCACCUUGUUGCAUCCUUGGAUUCUAGUAUGCAAACCAUGAGCCAUAUGAGAUCCCAAAUCAAAAGGGGGAGAACUAGAACAAGAUUUGUGUUUCUUUGUUUACCUUGUCUUUGGGGAGCUCAUCUGGAGACAAAGCUAAGAAUACACUGGUUUGAGGGGACAAUACCCAUGCUCAAAACUUGAGGCAGGGGUUCCUGAGCUUGCAGGUCAUUUGGCACACCACAAGGCUGGCAUGGUUCAGCCAAACUGCAAUUUAGGAUUCUGUCCAUCUGGAGACUGUCCAGGGUUUCCACAUGGGGAUUAAUCAUCCAUAGUAUGCUGCGUAUUGCGAGUUCAUCAUAUGUGCAGAUCUUUUGAGAAGAGGAAUAACCAUUGGAAAGGAGUUAUUAAUGCUUUACCAAGAAGCUUUAUUAGGUUGCCAUUCAAUAGAUAGUCCUUAUGAGGGGCAUGGAAAACUUUUAUGACUAACGUUUAAUACUGCAAUUUAGUAUAAAAUUGAAUUUGUGGUCUAUCUAUAGGAGGAUGUCCUUGUAGAAUUACCCUCCUAUCUUGUAAGAGGAUAUCAAUGAAAUUCUCUCUCUCUUGGAUUACCCUCCUAUCUUUCUGUCUUCCCUCUCCCUUUGAAAUUCUUCUCAUUUCCCUCUAAUUUCUUAACCAGAUUCUCACCAAUUUAGUGAGAACUUCCUGUCAGAUUCAAGGAUAUGACAUUUUGGUAUUAGAGCAAGUCCUAGGUCGGCAAUCUUGCAAGAAUUUUCCUUUCCAAUUAGCAGAAGGCACCAUAAUGAAGCAAAUGGAGUUGCAACUACAACAGGUGGCUGCAACAAUGGCAGAACUGCAAAAUUGGAUGGGAUCCGUGGAGGGAGCCGUAGAAUCAAGGUUGGCAAAGAAGCUAGACAGUGUAGUUGAAAGGUUGAAGAGCGAUAUUGAAAGCCAGAUGAGGGAACAAAAUAACCAAAUGCGGGAACAAAUGCAGCAGUUCAUGCUAAUAUUUGCAAGACAACACCAGGUAAGUCUCUCUCCCGAAUUCCCUCCUAGGGAGAGAUCAGAACCAAUAUUAACCGGAAGUGGGGCAGUUCAUGGGUCUACUGGGCUUUUGAAACUGAAGAAGAACCAAUUGGUAGGGAAACUUUUGAAAGAAGAAGAUAAGGGGUGCAGACUGCCCAAUUCUAGUCAUGUAUGCCCCUACCUAAAAUGGAAAUCCCCGUAUUUGAUGAACAAAAACCUAGGUGGUGGGUGAGAAGGUGCAAGAGAAUGUUUAGUGUGUAUAACAUUUCGGAACAACAAAGGGUCACAUUGGCUUACCUUAAUGAUCUAGGAGACACCUGGUUUCAAGGUUGAAUUCGGGACAAGGAUGAUUGUCAGUGGACAAAAUUUGCAAAAAAACUAUGCAAAAGAUUCGGAGACAGAGGUUUGAUGGAUGUUGUAGAAGAAUUUAACAAGCUGAAACAUGAAGAAUCAGUGCGGGUGUAUCAGUGAAAGUUUGAGGAAUUAAAAUCACUUAUGCUGAACCUUAACCCUCAUCUAACUAAAGCAUACUUUGCCUCAAGCUUCAUCAGUGGCUUGAGCGAAGAACUGAGGGCCACGGUUAAAAUGUUGAGGCCAAGAACUGUAUUGAAAGUAGCAGAAAAUGCUAGGUUACAAAAAAUGACAGUUGAGGGUUUAAUAAAGAAACAACAAUUGGAAGCAAAAGGGACAAGUUUAAAGGCCUUCUAGCAAGGAAACAAGGGAUAGGGCAAGGAGGAAAUCAAAUUCAGCUUGGAGUUGAAGGAGUUGAUAGCAACAUCCACUAAUAAUCCGGCUCAAGCACAAGAAGGAAGGACUAUGGAACAAAGGAGGCACAGAGCAGUGUUUUCGUUGUGGAGACAAAUACACUCUUGGGUAUCAAUGCAGAAAGCAACUACUUUGACUAGAAGGAUGUUACAACCCUCAGGUAGAACUCACCCUCAAAAGAUAGCUAUUAAGGGGAGGGUGUCUAAGAGGUUAAAAACCAGUGUUCGAAAAGGCGUUAGGCGCUAGUCGGGCGGCAAGCUGCGGCCUAGCGCCUAGGCGAGGCCUAGAAAAUUUAAUAUUUUUUAAUUUUUUUCUUAAUAUAUUAUUUCUUUCCCCCACCCCACCCCCCACCUUCUCAAAUUUCACCGCGUUCUUACUGCCCCCACCCAAAAAUUUCACAGCACUCUCUCUCUCUCUCAAACCUGCCUCCUCCGAGCACAUCACUGCCUCUGCCAUUGCCAAUCGGACCGUCUGCCUCCUCCGAGCACAUCGUUGUCCCCUACCAUUAUCAAUCGGAUCGUCUGCCUCAUUCGAUCACAUCGUUGCCCCCCGCCAAUGCCAAUCAGAUCGUCGCUGUGUUACCACAGGUAAGUCCAAAGGUUGUUCCAGUCUCUGUCCAGCGGCGGCGGCGACGGCAACGGAGUCGGGCUACUUAGGCCGAUGCGGCGGCUACAACGAUUAUCACUGAUGGAGUCGAGUGAGAAGUCUUGAGCCCAAACCACGUUUGGGGCGGCCAAGGCGACGCCUCGUAGCCUUGGCCGCCUAGGAGUUGCCCAAGCCCAAUUAAUUGGGCCGGUUCCUAAGGGGCCGAUUUGGAGGAACUCACGGCGGCCAGGGGCUGCCUAGCGCCUCUUCGCUGCCCGGCCGCCUUUUAGAACACUGUUAAAAACCCCACACUAAAAGUUUGAACUUCCAAUGCGGGACAAAUCCCAUACCCUGCAGUGGACCAUAACAUACUGCCACGCUCCACAGCUCGACGCCCACGACGGCAAGUUGUGCACUAGCCAUUGCUAGUCUUAGAUGAACAUUGCAAUGCCGGCGUCACCUCCGUCGCCGCUCACUUGCACUGGGAGCCAUGGGGUUGGCUCUGAUACCACUGUUAUUGGCAUCCACACUCAGCUGUUCUAAUAAGCCCUUGGCCCAUUCUCCUUGUUGAUAACUGUUAGUUGCCUUUUGUAGCCAAUUUGGGAGUGCUGCUAAAAUGGCUUCACAAACUCCCUCUUCUUGGCAAUGAGACAAGGCAUCUGCUGCAAUAUUUUCUUUUCCUUUCCUGAAUUGGAUUACAUAAUCCAAUCCCAUAAGUUUGGCCAUGCCUUUCUUUUGUAAUUGGGUGUGCAACCUCUGUUGUAGUAAGAACUUGAGGCUUUCAUGGUUCCUUUUUAUAAUGAAUUUUCCCCCUUCCAGAUAGUGUUGCCACUUUUCUACUGCCAUAAAUUCCUUCUCGUAGAUGCUGAGGCCUUGGUGUCUAGGGGCCAAGGAUUGGCUUAGGAAGGCUAGUGGCCUUCCAUCCUGGGAAAGAACUGCCCCUAUUCCAUGGUUGCUGGCAUCAGUCUCCAACACAAAUGGUUUGCUAAAAUUGGGUAGGCCUAGCACGAGAACUUCACUUAAUGCUCUUCCAGCUUCUCAAAAGCUUCCUCUGCUUGAGCGUUCCAUUUAAAGUUGUCAUUCUUUAGUAUCUCAGUUAGGGGUUUGCUUAUUGUCCCAUAGUUCCUUACAAAUUUCUGGUAGUACCCUAUAAGCCCUAGGAAUCCUCUCAAUGCCCUGAUGUUAGUAGGUUUUGGCCAGGCCGCUACUACCUCAAUCUUCUUGGGAUCUAUCCCUACUCUAGCCCUUGAGAUGAUAUGCCCCAAGUAUUCCACUUGUUUUUGUGCAAAAUCACACUUUGACCUCUUGAUGUACAAUUUAUUAAACCUCAAGAUCUUGAAGGUAGCCCUAAGAUGGUCUAGGUGUUAGUCAAAAGAGGGGCUAUAAACCAAGAUGUCAUCAAAGAAAACCAGCACUAACUUUCUGAGGUAGGGCUCAAAGAUUUGGUUCAUGAGAGCUUGGAAUGUGGUUGGUGCAUUGGUUAGGUCGAAGGACAUGACAGUGAAUUCAAAGUGGCCACGGUGCGUUUUGAAGGCUGUCUUGGAAAUAUUGUUAGGAUCCUUCCUAAUUUGAUGGUAUCCCGACCUUAGGUCCAGUUUGGAGAAAACAGAGGCAUAUUUAAGUUCAUCCAAAAGGUCCUCAAUGAUAGGAAUGUGGAAUUUAUCUUUGAUGGUAAUGGCAUUAAGCUAUCUGUAAUCGAUACAGAACCGCCAUGUUCCAUUCUUAUUGAGCUAUCUGUAAUCGAUAUAGAACCGUCACGUUCCAUCAUUCUUUUUGACUAUAGGAUGGGGGAAACAAAUGGACUAUGGCUGGGCCAUAUCACAAAGUGGGUUAGCAUAUCCUUGACAAGCUUCUCGAUUUCAGAUUUGAGUUUUGGGGGGUAUCGGUAGGAUCUAAUGUUCACUGGUUCAACAUUAGGUAAAAGGGGUAUGGUGUGGUCCAAGGAUUUCUGAGGGGGAAGGGCUUUAGGCUCUACAAACAGAUCUUGGUAUUCAAUUAAAAGUGCAUCAAAGAGAGCCAAGUUGUGUACCUGCCGAGUAGGUGUGAUUGAUGAGCCUUCUUGUUAAGAGCCUCCUUCAGCCUCUAAUCCCAAUUGUUCAGUGGCCUUAAUUGAGAAUAGUUGGGUUACUUGUGACAUCUUCUUCUUGAACUACCUUUGCAACUUUUUCUCUUUGAUCAUCUUGCAUGCUCUCACUUCCAUAUUCCCUUGUAAUACUACCCUCCUUCCGUCUUUCUCUAGAGUAAUCUCCAUUUUGUUAAAAUCAAAGCAGAUUAGGUUCACUUCCUUCAUCCAAUCAACUUCGAGAACAAUGUGGCAUCCCCCUAAUUUUAGCAACCUUAGGUCAGCCUAGUAGUCUUCCCCUUGCAUUUCCCAGCAAAAUCCCACACAUGCGUAUUUGCUAAUGACCCUGUUUCCAUUUACCAUAGUUACAGAGAGUGGUUGGGUGCUGGCUAAUGGCCACUUCAUUUUUUUUGCUGUGCCCUCAUCUAUGAAAUUGUGGGUACUCCCGCUGUAAAUUAAGACCAUGAGGGUACUCUCUUGGACCUUACUCUCCACUUUUAUAAUCUUACUGCUGGCCAUCCCUUUUAUAACAUGUAAGGAAAUGGCCCAUCCUCCCUCUUCUCCUUCUUCAUCCUCCACGAAGAUCUCUUCCUCAUCUGUCCCUUCCAAUAGGAGCAACUGUUUCUUACAUUGGUGCCUAGGGGUAUAUUUGUCCCCGCACUUAAAGCACAAACCCGUAAUCCUCCUCUGCUCAAUGAUCUCGUCUCUUGGAGGCAAGCUUGAGUCACGGGGGGCAUUGGUUAGAUACUCCACCCUUGUUCCUCUUUUAAAAUUUUCCCUGCUCUGCAUUCUUCCUCCAGACAACAUCAUCCCAACUGUAGCCAUCUCUCACUCUAGACUAGCCUUGAAACCAUAUAGGUAUGCUACGACCAGAUUAACUUUCUCGUCCUCAACCACUUGAUGAAUAUUGAAUAACUUCUCACAUCUCCGAAUUCACCAUCUUGGCUUAGUCUCGUCAAACACCGGUAGCUCUAAUUUGGGCACUGGAAAAUUAGAGUGACUCAAAUUCACCACCAUUCUCGGCCUCCUGUCCAUUACUCCUCCUCCUAUUCCCACCGGUUCACCCCCCAAUUCAGACGAUCCCAUCGCCCUAUGACUCGUGCCAAUACUUGGAAGUAUGAGAUCCAAUUGCUCACGAGGGGGAAAAUCUGGGGAUAUUCUUACCUACGCCUGGUUCGAAAACAUCAGCAUAAAUUGUUGCAUCUGAUCUCGAACCAUGUUGCUAUGCUUCUGCAUCUCUUCUUGGAUUUGGUUGCGCAUAUCUCCCUGCUACUAAUCCGCCACAUCUUCCAACUUCUUGUCCACGGCUCUGAUUGCAUCCUCCAUUUUCCUACCCGUUGUUGCACCUUUAUCACCAUAGCAAUUACCUGUUGUAUCUGCAUCUCCAUCUGUUUCAUUUGGGUACCAUCAGCCAUUAUAUCUCAAACUUUGGAAAAUGUCGGCCAAGAAAGAUGUUAUUUGAUACCAUUGUUACAACCCUCGGGUAGAACUCACCCUCAAAAGCUAGCUGUUAAGGGGAGGGUGCCUAAGAGGUUAUAAACUCCACACUAGAAACUUGAACUUCCAAUGUGGGACAAGUCCCAUACUCUGCAGUGGACCAUAACAAAAGAGAAGAAGAAGUAGUAGUAGAAAAGGAAGAGGAGUCAAUGGUUAACCUUGCACUUGGAUAGCAAUGCAUGGGAAUACUUGCCGAACCUGCCCCAACAAUUUCCUCUAGUGACCCAACUUCUCUACAUUUCUUGAGGGCAAGAAUUUUUUUUUUUUUUGGGGGGGGGGGAGGGGGAAUUGUCAUGUUCCUAAUAACUAAGGGGGGAUAUAUUCUCAGGUAGAAGGAAUAGGUAGAUGAAAGGUCAUUCUUUUAGAAGGAAAUUAGAUAGUUGCAAUAUUUUGGAAGCUGUAACUUUGAAAAGUAGGGGCCCUUUUGGCGGCAAAAGCUAGCUACAAUUAGUGUAUAAUUAUUGAUUGCAUUCAGUGUAGAAAAAAAAAGAAGAAAAUAAUCAAAAACUUAUGAUUUCCCUCUCUCUCUCUCUCUUUCAAAUUUCCUUCCUAUCUUUCUGUCUUCCCUUUCCCUCUGAAAUUCUUCUCAUUUCGCUUUAAUUUCUUAACCAGAUUUGCACCAAUUCAGGGAGACAUUCCUGUCAGAUUCAAGGAUCUGACAGAUGUAUUAUUUGCUAAUUACUUAUUUCAUUCUUUCUUCAGGACCUUGCAAAGGCCGUAAUAAUAUGAAUAUUGGUACUAAUCAUUUAAUAACCACCAACUUGACCUUCAAGAUAGGAAAGAGAUAUAAGCUGGCUGAAGAAAAAGACAGAUAAGGAAUUUGACCCAGGUGAAGAACCUAAAAUAUGAAAAUUAGAAGGUGUUGGUAGAUGGGGGGACAAUCAAGAAUACAUGGAAGAAGUAUUUCUUGAAGUUGUUUGAUGAAUGUGAGGGGACAAAUGUUAGUAGCAACCUCUUAGUAACUAGAGAAAAUAGGAAUACCGUAUUCUAUAAAUGUAUUUGUUUUAAUUGAAGUGAAACAAGCUAUAGAAAUGAUGAAAAUAGUAAAGCAGUUGGAUCAAAUAACAUAUCAGUAGAAGAAUGGAAAUGGGAGAAGAGAGCAUUUUAUGGUAAAAUUAUUUAACAUGAUUUUUAAAUCAAGAGCGAUGCCUGAGAAGUUGUGAAAAUUAUACAUGAUCAAGCUAAUGAGCUAUGAAAGUUCGGAAGAGGGUUAUUGAGCAAACAUGAAUACAGAUGCCAAGGUUUUUGAAAAUUAAUUUGGUUUCAUGCUUGGUAGGUUAACAAUGUAAGCCAUCUACUUAAUGAGGCCUCAAAUGGUAAGGUCCCCAGGAGAAUUAAAGAGUAUUUGUAGAUUUGGAAAAAAACUUAUGAUAUAGUUUGGUGAAAAGGUUUAUGGAGUAUUUAGGAAUCUAGGUUGCUUCUAUGUUUGUUAUAAGGACAUGCAUCAUCAAGAAAAAAAAAAAACGUGUUAGAAUUUGCUUCUGAGAUACUAAAGUCUUUUCAAUUAUAACUGCAUUAGAUCUAUGGUCUACAAUGAGCUUAUAUCUUUUUGUUUAUGCGAUGGAAAAACUCACAAAUCACAUGCAAGAAGUGGUGUCCUGGUUUAUGUUAUUUAUAGAUUUCUUGGUGGAUAAGACAAAAGAAGGAUUGGAUAUUAAUCUUAAAUUAUAGCGGAACACCUUAGAAUUCUAUUCUUUCAAGUUGUGCAGAUUGAAAAAUCAAAUUUAUGGAAGUUUAUUAAAAAUAGAUUUGUGGAUGAUGCCAUUAUGAAGCCUGAAGAUCAAGUUAUUUCUAGAAAAAUUUAGUUUAGAUAUAUCAGAUCAACUGUUCAAAUAGUAGAGAUUAUUGAGAAUGUUACAGAAUCAGGGCUUGAUGAUUAAAAUGAACAAGUGUGUAGCCUUUUAUUAAAGGCUUGUGAUGGUGGUUAUUGUAUUUAUUUUUGUUUUGGACUCCCUUCUAGGAGAUGACUUCAAUAAUAUGGUUAGUACUGUAUUGACAUGGUGGUUGUAACAUUCCAAUGGGGAAAGGGACUCUGGUGGGCUUAGCUAAAAUGUGGAUAAUUUGGUCACAAAUGCUAGUUUCACCAGUGUUUAUUGAUUUAACAUUUGUUAACUUAUUUCUUUGUCCAAUGCAGAAAGAGGGAAAUGCAACUUGCUGCUUGUUUCAACCUACCUAGUUGUGGUGUUUAGGAACUAUUUGGGCAAUAUUAUUUGUUUCUUUUACUUUUUUCUUCUUCUUUUUCAUUAAGGAGUUCAGAUUGCUUAUAUACAACUAUCAAGGACACAUAUUAUCUUGUAGAAACGUGUAUUAGGACUUCUGGAUGGGAUACUGAGGCUUUUGCUUUUGCUUUUGCAAUUGCAAUUGAAUUACAUCAGUGAUUUGUGUUGAGUUCUUACUUCCCUUCUCAUGUGAUGGAUGAACUCACAAAGCACAUUGAAAAACAAGUGCAUUGGUGCAUGCUAUUUGUAGAAGAUAUUUUCCUCAUGGAUGAGACAAAAGAAGGCAUAAAUAAUAAAGUUGAAUUAUAAAGAAACAUCUUAAAAUCUAAAACAUUUUAAAUUAAGUAGGCUGAAAACUGAGUUUAGAAUUUGAGUUCAGUAAAAAUAGAAGUGUGGAUUGUAUAAUUGUGAAAGUUGAAGAUCAAGUUAUCCCAAGAGGAGAUCAAUUUCGAUGUCUUGGAUCAAUUAUUUAAAAAGUUAGGGACAUUGUAGAGGUUGUUACUUAUGAUGAUGGCAAGAUGGUUAAAGUUGAGAAGUUUUACCAGAUGAUUGUAAGUCCAUAUUCAUUGUAUACCUCAGAAUUUUGGGCAGUUAAGUGCCAAUAUGUACAAAAUAAGUUGUGGGAGUCAUGGUUGAGAUGGUUUUAACUUGUGAGAAGAAGACCAACAGAUACACCUGUUAAGUGAGUGUAUGAAAGGGAGAAUAUCUGUAGUAAAAAGGGGAGAGGAAGAUCAAAGAAACUUGGUGGGAAACCCUUAAACUUGACAUAAGAUAUAAUGGUCAUAUAGAGGAUAUGAUCAUGAAUAAAGAUGAGUGGAGGUCUGGAAUUCAUGUUGCUGAUCCCACUUAAUGGGACUGUGGCUUGUGAUUGUUGUUGUUGUGUUGUUAAACUUCACCAUAUAGUAUCUAGCUUAUAAAGAUGAACUAUGGUGUGUGAAAUAAGUCAUAACUGUUGUAGUUGUGACACUGGGCCUUCUCCUUCCUCUUGUUUUAAAUGUUUUAGCUUUUGUUGUUCAAAUAUGCAUCUCUGUUAUAGCUGUGACAGUUGGCCUACUCCUUCCUCUUCAUUUAUUAGUUAUUUGAAAGAUGGUCCCGUUAUGUUCAAGUUCAUCAACACAUCAAAAUUAAGUAUUAAUUGCCUCCUCCUUCAUUAUUGCUGUUGUGCCAAUAAUGAAUCUUUCAUUUCUUAUAUUUCUUUAUUAGUUGUGCUAUCCUGUUGGUACUUCUUUUACAUUAAUUGUUUUCUUUUCUUUUUUUGGGUGGGGUGGAGGGAUGGAAAAAUUGAACUCCACCAGUGGAUUCCUAUUUACAGCCGGUUUUGGCAGCUUACAGAGGCAUUUGAUUCCUUUAUUCAUGAAACAGGCUUGUGCAAAAAUGUACUGCAAGGUUAUGCGCUAAAGAUGAAGUAUGGAACUCCAUCUUAUAACUGCCAGAUGGAAGAAAAACGAGGAGUAGCUGUUUUUUCUUGUACAGUUGAGGUUGGAGGGUCAAAGUUUAUUGGAUCUGCAGCCAGAACAAAGAAGGAAGCAGAGAUUAGUGCUGCUAGAAUUGCUUUAUCGGCCAUCCAAGCCAGCGUAUCUGGACCCUCUGACGCAGGAACAUCUGCCUACACAGUUGUUCCCCGCAAAAAGAGGGCAACAGGUUCAGGGAUUAGUACCCAGGAAACGGUUCUCAAACCCAAGAAAGUAUCUUUGAAGAAGAAACAGAGAAGAAAGAGACAAAGGGGACGCGAAGGCACCAACCUGAAUGUUGGGGGAAUGGGUAACUCGGAUGCCAGUAUUGAUCAUGUUGGUGGUGCUGCUGAAGACGGGACAUUAACAGCUAGGGAAUUCUAUGGAGGCAGCUCCCAAUCUUGAAAAUCUACUUGAUGAAGAAGUUUAGUCCAUUCAAUGAGAGUUGGGUAUCUGAUGGUAGGGAAAGAUAUUGGCUAUAUGCUUCCCUUAGCCUUAUUUGCUUGCUAGUUUUGUUGGACCCAUUUGGUUGGGUUUGAAUCUGGAGUGGACCAUGUUUAUGUUUGGUUUGGAAAACUUUUAGUUGACUUCUGCUUCUGGAAAUGGGAGUGUGCUUGCAAAUAAUUCUGAUGGUUGGUGUUUGUUCUCUUUCAAGUUUGAAUUGAUUUUUAAAUUUUCUACUUGGUGAAAA